UUAGCAUGUUUAUCACACAUGCAACAUAAAGUCUAUGUGAAAUUUACGUUAACAAUAGUAUCAAUUAAUUUGUAUUGUUUUACAACUUAUGGUUGUUUAAAGUUUACAUAAAAAAAAUAUGAAGAAAUUAAUAAUAUUCCUAUUAAUCAUAUGUGUAAACAAUGUGUCUAUGGAAUUCAUAACCUUAAAUGGUUCAUGGAAAGGAAAUAUUUUAUGUGAUAAAAAUUCUAAUCAAAAAUGCAAAGAAUUAGAGUUUCCAGCAGUUGUACCAGGCGGUGUUUAUACAGAUUUAACAGCAUCACAUUUGAUACCUGAUAAUCUUUUAGCAAUAAACGAUGUAAUUAAUCGAUGGGUCGGUAAUCAAACCAUUGUAUAUAGUAGAAAUUUUACUGGUACAAAUACUUUGAUAGAUGGUUCAACGGUAGCAUUGAUAUUUCAUGGGCUGGAUACUUUUGCUACCAUCUUUUUGAAUGAUCAUAAAAUAGAAGAAACUUCUAAUAUGUUUUUAAAAUAUAUAUUUUAUAUAGAAGAAUAUUUAAAGAUAGGAGAGAACGCUUUAAAAAUUGUAUUUCAUUCACCUAUAAAAAUGGCUGAGGAUUUAUACAAGAAUCAAAGUCUACGAUACAUCGUACCUCCAAAAUGUGUUCCCAAAGAAUAUAAUGGAGAAUGUCACGUUAAUCAUAUUAGAAAAAUGCAAGCUAGUUUCUCAUGGGAUUGGGGCCCAGCUUUUCCUUCUAUGGGCAUUUGGAAAAGCGUUGAAUUAAUUUCUACUAAAGAAAUUCUAAUCACAGAUGUUACAACGGAUGUUUAUGAAAGAGACAAAUAUUGGGAAAUAGUUGUAACGAUAUUCUUUGAAAUUCCUCCUCGUAAAAAUACAGAUAAUAUUACGUGUAAUAUAAAUUCAAGAUUAUAUCUUACAAAUAUUAACUACGUUGAAAAUUCAUCUGACGUAAUAUUACAAGUUAAGGAUGGAUAUGUUACAGCAUCGAUUAUAUUGAAAAUAGAUUCAAAAUUAAUUGAUAGAUGGUGGCCGAAUGGAUAUGGGAAACAAAAUUUAUAUACGUUAAUAGUUACCGUUACGACAGGAACCGAAACAUUAAAUAAAUAUUUGCGUAUAGGUUUCAGAACAAUAGAAUUAAUAGAAGAACCUUUAGAGAAAGGAUUGAGUUUUUAUUUUCGGAUAAAUGGUGUACCAAUAUUUGCAAAGGGAAGUAACUUUAUUCCAGCAAGUAUAUUUCCUGAAUUAGCGGCUGAAGAACACGUUAUCAGACAUUUAUUACAAUCGGCUAAAGAAGCGCAUAUGAAUAUGCUCAGAGUUUGGGGUGGUGGAAUGUACGAGUCAGAUUUAUUUUAUAAUUUAGCCGACGAGUUUGGAAUUAUGAUUUGGCAAGACUUUAUGUUCGCUUGCGCCAUGUAUCCUACAAGUGAUGAAUUUUUGAGUUCCGUUAAAGAGGAAGUUGUACAAAACGUAAGACGAUUAAAAAAUCACGUUAGUGUAGUUUUAUGGGCCGGUAAUAAUGAAAAUGAAGCAGCUUUGUACAGUAAUUGGUAUGGAACUGGUAAAGCGGAUAUAUAUAGAAAUGAUUACAUUAAACUUUAUGUGAAUUUAAUCAAGAAGGAAGUGCAAAAAUUAGAUACUACCAGACCUUUUGUCGUAUCCAGUCCUAGUAAUGGUUUACAUACUAAAGAAUACAAUUAUACCGGACAAAAUCCAUAUUCAAAUUUCUAUGGAGAUGUUCAUUAUUAUAAUUAUUUAAUCAAUGGAUGGGAUAUCAAUCAAUACCCACGUUCAAGAUUUAUGUCUGAAUAUGGAUUUCAAUCGUUUCCAUCGAUUUUUACGAUUUCCAAAAUUAUAAAUAAUAUUAACGAUUUACAUACAAAGAGUAACAUUAUGAAUCAUCGUCAACAUUUACCUUUUGGUACGGAAUUUAUGAAUCUCCUCAUUUCGAAAAAUUUUCUUAUACCAAAGUCAAACGAUACGAUAAGAGAUUUCACAGAUUUUAUAUAUUUGAGUCAAAUAAAUCAAGCUGUCUCUGUUAAAAUACAAACUGAAUCGUAUCGUCAAGCUAGAUCAGAAUUAAAUACUUUAGGAGAAGGAUUUACGAUGGGAGCACUUUAUUGGCAAUUGAAUGAUGUUUGGCAAGCUCCCUCGUGGUCUUCUAUCGAAUAUGGAGGAAGAUGGAAAAUGCUUCAUUAUUAUGCAACAGAAUUUUUCUCACCAAUUAUUGUAACGUCUCGUUUAUCUCAAGGAAAUGAAUUAUCUUUAUAUAUUGUUUCCGAUAAAUUAUAUGCGAUAAAUAAUUGUACUUUAAAAUGCAGCAUCUAUAAUUGGAAAUCGAUGCAACCUCUUCAUGUAUAUUCUUUCCAUAAUAUCAAAAUUGAGCCAAAUAAAGCGAUGUUAGUUACGUCGAUGUGGCUUGACAAACUUCUUGAAAAAGUUAAAUGCGGAACAUUGGCAGAAGCUAAGAAAUUCUGUGUCGUACGUCUCACGCUUGAAGAUAAUAAUGGAUUACAAAUCGCUCCAGUUAAUUAUGUUUAUCCAACUGUAUUAAAAGAUGUUAAUAUUCCAUCAGCCAAUGUCAAUAUAAAAAUUAAUGGAAAUCAAUUACCAGGAAAAUUGUCUAAUUAUCCAGAUUAUGAAAUAGAAUUAACGACUAAUAAUAUAGCGCUUUUUGUUUGGUUGGAAGUGAAAUCGAUAGAUGGUCAUUUCUCAGAAAACGGCUUUCACGUCUUCCAGGAGAAAAAGUAUAUAAAGUUUCAUGCGUAUGAAGCAACUACGCCGGACAUGUUGAAAAAAAAUAUACAAAUUACAACUCUAUCAGACGUUUACAAAUUAAAACAAGAUUUUUAAUAAACAUAUUAAUACUUUUAUGGGUUAGAUGGAGGAAAAUAAGUAUCGUAAUGCAAAUAAAUUUCGUAUCCGAUGAGAAAUAUAAAUAUUAUUAAAAUUAUUGAAGAUAUAAUAAUAAUACUAUCGGACA